AUGAGUGAAGAGAGGCAAAUAAUCGAACAACUAACUAAGACUUUGGAGCUUCUCAGAGUGGAGAGAAACGAGAAAGCCCAUGAAAGCAGCUCUGUCAGGGGGGGCUUUAGCAGCAGUGGACACGAGUUAAACGGCGUUGAGCCAAGCAGAUCUUUCGAAGACUACUCAAAUGCGUACAUCGAUUUCACGUUUGAAAAUCCAACAACAUAUCAUGUAAUUGAUUAUGCUUCAAAAAUGUUCGAAAAGUCAGGGUUCGAGUAUCUGAGCGAGAAGGAGAAUUGGGAUGCUAAGCUGUCGAAGGGUUCAAAAUUUUAUACUAUCAGAAAUGGUACCAAUUUGUCGGCGUUUGUGGUUGGUAAAAAAUGGACGCUGGAAAAGGGGGUUGGUGUGAUUGGGUCGCAUGCGGAUGCGCUUACAGCAAAAUUGAAGCCUUCUUCUAAGAAGGACCAAGUCGAAGGGUUUGGCUUAUUAGGUGUAGCUCCAUAUGGAGGUACUCUGAAUGAUAUGUGGUUCGACAGAGACUUGGGUAUUGGUGGCCGCGUUCUCUACAAGGACAGCGACAACCAUAUUAAAAGCAAGUUGAUUAAUUCCGCCCCACACCCAAUUGCGAAGAUACCAACGUUGGCACCACAUUUCGGUGCUCCUGCUGUAGGCCCAUUCGAUAAGGAGGACCAAGCAGUGCCAAUCAUAAGCUAUGCAUCUGCAGAACCAGAUAAAGGAAUUACUGAGGACGAAAAAAAUUCACCUUUAAGCGAUAAACAUGAUAUCAGUGUCCUAAGAUAUAUUGCCAAAUUAGCCGGUGUUGAAGUCAAGCAACUAGUUCAAUUGGAUUUGGAUCUUUUCGAUGUCCAAAAAGGUGUUAUCGGUGGUAUCAGCAGCGAUUUUCUCUUUGCCCCACGCCUAGACGACAGAUUAUGCACUUUCGCAGCUGUCAACUCUUUGGUCGAAUAUUCACAAUCCAUCAAUGUUGAAGAAAUGGACACCUUUGUUGAUGUCACGUUGUUUGACAAUGAGGAAAUUGGGUCACUUUCUAGACAAGGUGCUAAAGGUGGCCUACUGGAAUCGGUAGUCAAUCGUGUUUCUAGCGCUUACUUCAAAGAUCAAGAUAAGGACGUUGACUUAAGGACUUUGUAUGCUAAUUCAAUCAUCUUGUCAGCUGAUGUCAAUCACAUGUUCAAUCCAAAUUUUGCAAGCGUUUACAUGAAGAAUCAUUCGCCAAAACCAAAUGUUGGAGUGACUCUAUCCCUCGAUCCAAAUGUCCACAUGUCAACAGAUGUGGUUGGCACAGCAUUUGUGGAAGAACUAGCUCGUUUGAAUGACGACAAGGUGCAAUACUUCCAAAUCAAAAAUAAUUCAAGAUCAGGUGGUACUAUUGGUCCAUCAAUUUCCUCCCAAACAGGUGCAAGAGCUAUUGACUUAGGUAUUGCUCAAUUAUCCAUGCAUAGUAUUAGAGCAGCCACUGGUUCCAAAGAUAUUGGCCUCGGUAUCAAAUUCUUCAGAAAUUUUUUGAAAAAUUGGAGACCAGUUUACGAUCAAUUCGAAGAUUUAUAG